UUCAGUUGUCUGGUAUUUAGCGAUACUGCUAUAUAUCCAACAUAGAAAUCUUGAGCCAAAUCCAGUAAAAAAAAAUAUGUAUUUACCCUCUCCCACAUACUCUUUUACCAUCCCUUCACUCCACGAUGAGACUCCACUUGACUGUCGCCUUUAUCUCCCCCAUCAUUCUUCGUUGCAGUUAGAAACUAUACGAGGGGCUAUCAUCGCACACCCAUAUGCUCCUCUCGGUGGGUGCUACGACGACCCAGUUGUAAGUUUUGUCGGAGGCGAGCUUUUGAAGACUGGAUACAUCGUGGGCACAUUCAACUUUCGCGGUGCCGGUACUUCCGGGGGACGGACUAGUUGGACCGCGAAGCCCGAAUUAGCAGAUUAUGUUUCCUUCUACGGAUUCAUGCUGUGCUACUUGCAUUCCUUGAGGUCUCAAGAAGUUUCACAGAGAGGGGAUGGAAGUAUCCCUGGUGGGGCCAACGUUGACGUCCCCGAUGCUCAGUUUACACUUGACUGGCCAGAUAUCCAUCUCAUCCUUGGUGGUUAUUCCUACGGCUCAUUAAUUGCAUCGCAUCUUCCUGCACUUGAUGUCGUUGCGGAUCUUUUUAAAGACAUCAUUGCUGGUACAGAGGCACAUGAAAUCCUUCAAACUGCAGUGAAAGUUUCGGCUCUGUUGGAAGCCAACGGGUCAACCCAAGAACAAAACCUGGCAUCAGAAGACCACCUGGCUGUGGAAGAACCGCUGGAUAUCUCAGGAACAACAAUAUCAUACCUUCUCGUGUCACCCCUCUUGCCGCCACUCAAUCUAUUCCUAACAUUCUUCUCAACAAUGUUUCUGGAUAUUGGGGCUCGCAGCCCAGCUCAACGGAGACAGAUUCCAUGUCCCAAGCCAACUCGUCAGCUAUGCGCCCGUCCGAGUCUAGCGAUUUACGGAAAUCAGGACAGCUUUACAUCUGCAAGUAAAUUAAAAAAAUGGUCAGACGAACUGUCGCAUGUGCCCGGCAGUCAAUUUCAAUCGGCCGAGAUUGACGGAGCUGGACAUUUCUGGAGAGAGGAUGGGGUCGAGUCGCAGGCAAGAGAUGCACUGGGAAAGUGGUUGCGCCUGAUACCUUGACUGUUCGUGCAAAAUAGCGAAUUAAAGGUAACUUAGUGGUAGUUCUAUGAUCACUUUAGGAGAGGUCUAGAAUAUCGGACUGAAAGAUGGGACCGCGUUCCCCAUUUGCAGGCCCGUUUCACAUGCACACGUCCCAUCUCUGAAAGCAUGUGAUAGUUCUGCCUUCGCAUGACCAUCCCCAGCUUAUAGUGGGGAUUUAUCCUCUGGAGUCUGAGAUUUGAGUCUAAAGGCCUAUGGUGUCAUUGGGUCAGUGGUUCCGUAAACGUUUCGAUACCGUUACACAUGCUUCGCAUGUUGAACAUGGGUAUCGCAGCUUACCGACCAUUGACCCAUGACUGAGCAUUUA